AUGACGAUGAUAUCAUACAGUAGACGGAAUUCCGUCUUGGCUGCAACACUGCUACUCCUACAGCACUAUUCCUUGGUGUGUCAGGCCUGGAGUCCGCUGAAACCGCUAUCUAUCAAUCCGCUUUCGAUUCGCCAUCAAAGUUCCAAUCUUUUCAAACGCGUCCUGCCAAGAAAGAUUACCCUACCCUCCUUUGAAUUGUCGUCCUCCAGCACGGCGGAAGAAGACUUGGACGAGAUGAAGUCUGAGAAUUCCGUCUUGAGAGACACGAUACGACAAUUGGAAGAAGAAAAUCAGAACUUGAAACAAAGGAACAGAAUUGUGUUGGAGAGUUUUGAAGGAGAGUCCUUGUUUUGGGAUCAAGAUAGUGCUACUGGUAUGUCAUCCGGCAUUACACUAAGUGGAGACGAAAUUUCUCAAGAUGAACUGUGGUGUGAUGAAUUGGAAGGUGACCAAUGCCCCGUCGAACCUGCCAUUUCUUUCAAGGAGGCCCUUCGCGAUCGUGCUUUGUGGUUGGUUGGAUUAUUGGUGAUGCAAUCCUUUUCGGGGAUUAUUCUGGGACGAAAUGAAGCACUAUUGGCAAACCAUCCUGUCAUUAUUUACUUCUUGACCAUGUUGGUGGGAGCGGGUGGAAAUGCCGGCAAUCAAGCGUCAGUGCGAGUCAUUCGCGGUCUAGCCUUGGGCACACUCAAUGAAAAGACCCGCAAUCAAUUUUUGAAUCGCGAAGUCAAAAUGGCGGGUGCCCUUUCAGUAAUUUUGAGUGUGGCAGGAUUUUUAAGGGCCAUCUUGUUCAAGACGCCCUUGCCGGAAGCCAUUGCGGUAACAUCGGCCUUGACAUUGAUUGUCUUUAGCAGCGUUUGUCUCGGAGCAGUCUUGCCAAUCAUUUUGGAAUUCAUUGGUGUCGAUCCAGCUCACUCAUCGACGUCGAUUCAGGUCAUUAUGGAUAUCCUUGGUGUGAUACUGGCCGUCACUGUUUCUAGGGCAGUCUUAGACGGUCCACUGGGAGUAUUCAUCAUGUCCAAGUUGGGAUUAGUAUGA